GUUGGAACCAAAAGUUUAGUUCCUGUAACCGAUGGUGCCCAUCACUGACCCGACGGAUCGAGCAAUGGUUGAUGGCUGCAAUGAAACAUUUCUCUCGGUGAAUGGCAUUGAAAUGAAGUCAAUGUCAAUAGCCCACAGGGGACCCCUUGUGUCAAACGCACUAUUUGAGCGUGUUGUCCCAUCGUACGUCCUGGAAUGAGGUUACACAAGCUGGUGGGUCCUCCCCGGGCCGACAGUAGCGCUGCGGAGGACGGUGGUCGCGGGUGGAACGAGCCUCGGCGUGCGAAACCUUCGCUAAUCCAACAGGCGGUCGCCGAGCGAGCAGGGCCGGGCCGGGCCGAGCCGACGAGAGCCGAGGAGCCGUGCCGAGCGGUCAGCGUGCGGCCGGGCGGCAGCUGAGCCCAGGGGGCCCGCCGUAGGCAGCCAGCCGUAGGCCCGCCGGGCUCACUCCGCGAGCCCCCGCACCAAGGUUCGCCUUCGACGACGCCCGCCCCGCCCGCGCCGGCAGAGGACUCCCUCGGCGCCCUGGUGCCCACGCAGGCCCCGCCCCACCCCGCGGGAAGGCGCCCCCUUCACUCGCCCUCCUCCCGCGCGCUCGCGGACCACUUCCAGAGCUGAGCCGAAGUUGGCCCUUGCGGGCCAUGGACGAAGGCGGGGGUGCGCUCCAGGAGUUGCCCUGAGGACCUCAUGACCCCCUGCCGUGACCCGCGGUGCGCGCCGCGCCGCGCCUUCGCCACCCUCCUCGUCGGCAACCUGUGCCUGUUGAUGUCGACCAUGCCCUCCGCGUCCGCCUAUUGGUCGGCUCCACGGCCGGCCGUGUCUCCGCCCGCGGCUCCCGCGCUGCCCGCCAGCCUCGGCGCCAGCCUCCACGACGGGCUGGUGCCGGACCCCACGGCGGCGUGCCGACGCCCGCUGGUGCGCCUGCUCGCGCUGUGCCGCCGUCAGCCCGCGCUGCUGCAGAAGGUGUCGCGGGGCGUGGUGCUGGCCACCGCCGAGUGCCAGCACCAGUUCGCCGGCCGGCGAUGGAACUGCACCGCGGCGCGCCGCUCCCUCGGCAAGAUCCUCCAGCGAGACUACCGGGAGACGGGGUUCGUGUCCGCCCUGAUGGCCGCCGGGGUGACCUACGCUGUGACCCGGGCCUGCUCCACCGGCGAGCUGGUGCAGUGCGGCUGCGACAGGCACGUCGGGAUAGGCGACCGCCACCAUGCUGCUGGUCACGGCCGGUCCUUAGCCCGCCCGGGCAGACGACGGCGACCUCAACCGAGCCGCAUCGUUGACGCCGGCCCUGAACUUGGCACGGGCCCGGCGGCCCCGGACACCCUGAACGGCGACUGGGUGUGGGGCGGCUGCGGCGACAACGUGCAGUUCGGGGCGCGCAAAUCCCGCGCCUUUCUGGACGCGCCGGACCGCCGCCGCCGCUCCGGGCACCACGGCCUGGCCAGGCUGCACAACCACGGCGCCGGGAGGCUGGCCGUGAAGCAGCUCAUGCGGCGGGCGUGCAAGUGCCACGGGCUGUCGGGCUCCUGCUCGCUGCGCACCUGCUGGUGGCGGCUGCCCGCCUUCCGCGAGGUGGGCGACCGCCUCAAGGACCGCUUCGACGCGGCCGUCCGCGUCGUGCCGACCAACGACGGCCGCUCCUUCGCCCCUGAGUCGGCGGCCGUGUCGUCGCCGCGGCGCCAGGACCUCGUCUACACCGAGGAGUCGCCCGACUUCUGCCGCCGCGACCUGCGCGUCGGCUCGCUCGGCACGCAGGGCCGGCUGUGCAACGCGAGCGCGGCCGGCACCGAGGGCUGCGCGCUGCUCUGCUGCGGCCGCGGCCACGCCACGCGCGUCCUGCGCACGGCCACCAGCUGCGGCUGCAGGUUCGUGUGGUGCUGCGAGGUCAAGUGCAGCUCGUGCGAGGAGCGCCGCACCGUGCACUCGUGCCGCUGAACUGAGAGCUCAUCAAAGGAUUCUGUUUGUAAAAUUGAAAAUUUUCCAGCUGGACUGGUGUUAACGCGCUGACCUUUGUCGUUAAUAAUUAAAUUAAAAUAUGAAACAACA